AUGACGAGAGGGGGGAGGGGAGUGCUCAAGGAUGCUGAGCGCAGAGGAGGAGAUGCGACCCUUCGCAAAGUUGUGGACAGCGGCUUUGGAGUCGCUGAAUAUGAUACGGGCCGGGGUAGUGGCAAUGGCGAGCGCAAUAGCUGCUUCCUCGGCGGCAGUGGAGGUGGGGGCAGGUAUAGUGGCAACGGUCAGGGGAGCAAGUGUAUGGGAAGUGGUGGCAAGGGCGCGAGCAAGGCGGAGUCGCAGCGAGCGGUUGUGUUUCUGGGAAAGCCAACGGCGGUGCAGGGAGUGAUACGCCUCCCAGAGGUGCAGGAGGCGACUAUCAGCCGUGUAGGAGUGAGGAGGGGUGGGGACGGUGGAGGUGACAGAGGAAACAUCCUGAAGCAAGGUGGUGGUCCACUGAGAAAGGUCUGA